AUGGAUGUGGAUAUGGAUGCGGACCCGUUCAACCAGCAAAAGUACUCGCGUCCGCCGACCAACUCGAGUGGACUGUCCUCGCAGUAUUUACCCGUACACACACAGGAUGAUGGCAGCAAUCGGGCGCGAUACUCGCCCAUGAACACGUCGCCCACCGCAUUUACGAGCCCUCCACAACAGCAGCAGCAGCAGCAGCAGCAACUGACGCCGAAUCCCGUGCAGUACACCUCGUAUACACCCCAGCAGGCCGCGCGUCAAUCGCCUCAUAGACAGAGCCAGAGCCAGUACGCUUCGCCCACACAGCAGGGAAGAUACUAUGCCUCCCCGCCUGCCUCAGUGCGAGCGCACACCAACCAAUUACCGCCACUGCAAUCGAACUUGCAGUCGCCGACAUCCUUUUACCCACAGUCUGCUACGCAGCAGCUGAAUGCCGUAUUUGGCCACGACGCUCCCGAACCGGAGAAGAAGACGCCGCAGCAGCAGCAACAGCAGCAGCAGUCAGCGCACGGCAACAGCACAGUUCCGCAGUUCUCUCGAAUAUACAACGCUGCUGACUUGCAUUGCCAAGUCAAUGCGCAGCCUCCUUUUAGGAGAGCGAACCCAGAAGGUGGCUUCAUCAGCCCGCUGCAAGCACUGACGACGCACCUACCGGCGACGUAUCGAAUAUGCAACCCGGCAUUUCAGUACGAAUCCUCACGAAAUCCGCGAAGAGUGCUCACGAAGCCGAGCAAGGGUGUCAAGAAUGAUGGCUACGAUAAUGAGGACAGUGACUACAUUCUCUACGUGAACGACAUCCUGGGGUCAGAAGAGACGAACCACAAGAACAGGUACUUGAUUCUUGAUGUGCUAGGACAAGGUACUUUCGGACAGGUGGUCAAGUGCCAAAACUUGAAGACGCAGGAAGUGGUGGCUGUGAAGGUCGUGAAGAACAAAACGGCAUACUUCAACCAGAGUAUGAUGGAAGUGUCGGUGUUGGACCUUCUGAAUGGCAGAAUGGACAAGAAUGAUGACCACCAUAUUCUGCGCUUGAAGGACACCUUUAUCCACCGACAGCAUCUGUGCUUGGUCUUCGAGCUGCUGUCCGUGAACUUGUACGAGCUGAUCAAGCAAAAUCAGUUCCGAGGGCUGAGCACCACACUGGUCCGGGUGUUCGCACAGCAAUUGCUCAAUGGACUGUGUUUGCUCAGCAAGGCAAAGCUGAUACACUGUGAUCUGAAGCCAGAGAACAUUCUGUUAAAAAACCUGGAGAGCCCGAUCAUCAAGAUUAUUGAUUUUGGGUCUGCCUGCGAUGAACGACAAACCGUAUACACGUACAUCCAGUCUCGCUUUUACCGAUCACCAGAAGUCUUGCUCGGUCUGCCCUACUCUGCCGCGAUCGAUAUGUGGUCGCUGGGUUGUAUCGUGGUGGAACUGUUUCUGGGUCUUCCAUUGUUUCCCGGUUCGUCGGAAUAUAACCAAGUCUCACGAAUUACGGAAAUGCUGGGAUUGCCGCCCACGUGGAUGCUCGAAGUCGGCAAGCAGUCGGGAGAGUUUUUCGAAAAAGUACACGAUGAAUUUGGGCGGAGAACGUACCGACUGAAGUCGAUGGAGCAGUAUUCUCGGGAGCAUGGUACGAAAGAGCAGCCGAGCAAGAAGUACUUUCAGCAGACACGGCUGCCAGAUAUCAUCCGAGCGUACCCUAUGCCCAGGAAGGGAAUGAAGCAGAACGAGAUGGAGCGAGAAAUGGCCAAUCGUGAGGCUUUUAUCGACUUCGUCCAUGGUCUCCUCAACAUUAACCCACUCGAGCGAUGGACGCCGCAGCAAGCACGUACGCACCCUUUCAUCACACAGCAGAAGUUCACAGGGCCUUUCCAGCCACGCAUGGAUCUCAAGCCGACAUCGCGGUCGCCCGCACCGGGUGUGCAACAGCAACAACAGGCGGAAGCUCUGUCCAGACAACGGCAACAGCAAGCGCAGGCGGCACAGGUGCAGCAAGCUGCGAAUGCCGCUUAUGCAAAUGCUAUGCAUGGCAUGACGCCCAGUUAUCCCACCACUCCCACCGCUGCGCAACAACAACAUCAACAGCAGCAGCAGCAGCAGCAGCAGGCUGCGAUGUACCAGAACAUGUACAGCCCGAGUCAACAGGGCGCCCCUCCACCGUAUCCUUCCAACCCCCCGGUGCAAUCUGCCUACGGCCAGCAAAUGCCCAUGAUACAACAGCCGCCUCCUGUAGCCGGCAUGAAUCCUUAUGCGCAGCAACCCCCGCAGAACCUAUAUGCCCAAGCUACCACUCGGGCCGGUCGGCAACGAGCGAGCACAAUGGAUGGAAACGGGAAUGUUAAUGGCAUUCCCUCUGCGCUCCAACGAGUGGUGAGCCACCUGGACCCCAACCAACCUAUCAGGUUGCAACCCAGUCCAGCAUACUAUCCACCGCCCCAAGAUGGACAAUCAGCAAGUGAUAUCGGUAGUAUCGGGUCGCGACGACGAGCGAGCCGAGCUGCCGGAAACGGCAGACAAGGAACAAGUGGUCAGGAACGCAAUUUUGUGAGAAUGCUAGAGGACCGGACGUUGGAGGAAGGCUGGAAUGGCAAAAAUGCGCAGUGGCCGGGCAGCAAUGUAUGA